GUAUGUAAUUCCGGUUCCGGUUUAGUCUCAGAGCUUUGUUGUUGUGGUGAGUCUCCAGUCGCAAGAUCUCUACCGGUCCUCUGGGUUUCUUCUAGUCUCCCGCGUCUCUUCUGGUCCUCUGGGUCUCCCCUUCAUUUUUUAGCCGCUCAGAUGUACCGAGCUCCGUGCAGACCUCUGCGGAGUCCCGGAGCUCCGCGGCCGGCUGGAAGGUUUCCCUCGCCGGUCUCCUGCUGGGGUUUACCCGGAGCUCGCUCUCCAUACGGAGGCUCCGGAUAUCGCGGAGGUUCUCCCCGGGGCUGCCCAAUUUACUCUCCGGGUUCCCCGGUCUAUUCUCCAGGUUCUAACCGAGGAUACUGGGACGGUUCUCCGGCCGGGCUAGGCAGCGGGUCCUGGGGAUUCGGAGGACAGAUGCGGCGCAGAGGGGACGGUUUCCGGCGGCCUCAGUCCUUCAGUCCCGGUUCAGCUCAGAAGUUCCAGGUGAAGUUUCAGUCUGGAUCUUCAGACUCUUCAGUGGAGAAAUAUUUCAGUCCGUCGAUGCUGCAGGAUCCCUGGGCAGCUUUGCAGCCAGUCAGCGCUGCAGACGCAGCCGCAGCCAGACAGUCAACAUGACAGGAAACAGCUACAGCCGCAGCCAGACACACAACAUGAGAGGAAACAACUGUAACAGAAAAGAAAUGGCUGAGUACUGAAAGGAAACAAACAACUAACAACAGGAAACUACAUACCGAUGCAAACACAGUCAGAUUGAUGUCCUGACAGGAAACAACAAAUGACAAAAAACAAACAGUACAGCCACAAAACAACAACAAAUGCAGACAGACAGCUGCCAUGAAACAACAAACAAACAACAACACAACAUCAGCAGAAAACAAACAAACAAACAAACAACCAAACAAACGUCCUGACAGGAAACAACAUCAGCAGUAAACAGACCUGAGGUCUGUGAGCAUCUUCAGUCACCAGCAGUCUGUGUUUGUCAGCAGUUUCAGGAUCAGAUUUUAAUUAUUUCAGGGAUCAAUCGCUUUAAUUUGAUGUGUUUCUACAUGAAGAACUGAUGAGGAUACACAGAUGAAUGUUUUUAACAAAAUGUUUUCUAACAGUUUUUAAACUAAAUCAGAUUCUUCAUGUGUUGUAUUCAGAGUUUGUAAAAAAAAAGUUCAUUUUUUUUUUUUAAUUAAAAAAAACUUAAAACUUUA